UCUAAAGUGAGAGUAUCUCUUUAAGCAUUUACAUAAUGAACAAUAGAAAUGAUACACAAGAUAACCUAUUUAAUUUAUGAUUAGUCAACUUAUCUACAAAAUAGUCUGCAAUAUAGGUAAAAUGGCGAACUCAGAAAAUACAGCCGCUGUCCUACAUGCUGCAAAUGAUCUUCGCAUGGAAAGUAUCAGUGUUCCAGAACCAAAAGACACAGAUGUUCUGAUAUCUAUGGGAUCUGUUGGUAUCUGUGGCUCAGAUAUAAAAUAUUGGGCAUUAGGAAAAUGCGGAAAGUUUGUUGUCAAAGAACCAAUGGUGUUAGGUCAUGAAGCCAGUGGUGUAGUCGUAGGGGUCGGUUCUAAAGUAACUCAUCUGAAAGAAGGAGAUCGUGUAGCGAUAGAACCAGGUAUACCCUGUAGGAGUUGUAAGUUGUGUAAGAAAGGACGAUAUAAUCUGUGCCCGGAUGUAGAAUUUUGUGCAACGCCCCCUAUAGAUGGUAAUUUAUGUCGUUUAUAUAAACACCCUGCUGAUUUCUGUUUCAAAUUACCUGAUCAUGUAUCGUUAGAUGAAGGGGCCAUGUUAGAACCUCUGUCUGUGGCUGUUUAUAGUUGUCAAAGAGCGGAGAUUGAUUUAGGAUCAACGGUUCUAGUGUGUGGUGCAGGUCCUAUUGGUUUGUUGACGAUGAUGGUAGCCAAAAAUGCCGGUGCUACAAACAUAAUGAUUACAGAUAUAGAUGAGCAUAGACUUAAUUUCGCUAAGAAAAUGGGGGCUGAUCACAUUUUUAAAAUAGUGGAUAAAGACGGUGAUGUGGUGGCGAGAAAAGUUGGCAGCAUUUUAGGUGAACCAGACGUGACAUUAGAUUGUAGUGGAGUUGAUUCCAGUUUUAUUCUAGGAAUUCAGGUGACUCGACCGGGAGGAAAAGUGGUGCGAGUAGGGGGCGGUUCUCCUAAAGUUGAGUUACCUUUAACUCGUUUAAAUGCCAAUGAAGUGGAUUUACUGGGUAUAUUCAGAUAUGCUAAUUGUUACCCGAUUGCUUUAGAUUUAAUUGCCAGUGGAGCCCUAGAUGUUAACCCAUUGAUAUCACAUCAUUUUACUUUACUUGAAACAGAGAAAGCUUUUCUUACAGCUAGUGAUCGGAAUAGUCAAUCUAUUAAAGUCAUCAUACACUGUGAUCAGUAAUUAAAAAUAUAUUACUAAAUAGACAACGCAGUAAAACUAUACAGCAUAACACAGACGCAAAAAAACAACCCACAAAAUGACAACAAAUUUAAACGUUAUGGUGAUUCCAGAGUUGUUGGUUACUUGAAUUUACCGGACAGGAUAAUUGUCUAUUACAGUGAACAUUCAUGUACGUUGAGAUAAAUAAAGAAAUACAAUUGGGUUUAACAUCCUAUUUU